UCAAUUUUCUUCGUUUCAUUAUCACAGUUUGCAAACUUUUUGUAUUCGAACUCGAUGGUAAACUUUUUUUUUAUUAAUUCAAUUUGCAUCGUCUUAAUUAACAUGUUGGUCGAGUAUUCGCGUCUAAUCUGAAUAAAGAAACCCGAAUCGCGAGUGGCAGUGCGAGUUGCCGCUUUGAUGGAUGAUUGAAGUCGGCGAAGAGCUGAUGUUUGAGCCGAUGUGCCUUCGAGUCGAAUUUGUAUUAUUACUACACUACUACGUACAUUCCACCGAGCAAAAUGUCCUACACGGAGUUGGAGCACGGAUACCAAGGUCUGCGUAAAAAUCGUCGCUCGUCGUAUUUUCUCGGAGAUACGAGCUCGAUGAGGAGACGAGACGAUUACUCGGACGAUAGCGGAGACGAUGAUUACGACUGCGAUCGGAAACAGGUCAUUGUGGGCAUUUGCGCCAUGGAGAAGAAGUCGCAGUCGAAGCCUAUGCGCGAGAUACUCAAUCGGUUGGAGGAGUUCGAGUAUAUCAAGGUGGUCGUCUUCCCGGAAGAAGUGAUCAUGAAACCGAUCGAAGAAUGGCCGAUAUGCGACUGCUUGGUCUCAUUUCACUCGAAAGGAUUCCCACUCGACAAAGCCAUCCAGUACGCCGAGCUACGUAAACCGUACGUCAUCAACGACCUACCCAUGCAGUACGACAUCCAAGACCGCAGACGAGUAUACUCGAUUUUGGAAGAAAACGGAAUCGAAAUACCUCGAUACGCGAUUCUCGAUCGCGACUCUUCCAAUCCAAAAAUGCACGAACUGAUCGAAUCCGAAGACCACGUCGAAGUGAACGGUACCGUGUUCAAUAAACCAUUCGUCGAGAAACCUGUAUCGGCCGAAGACCACAAUAUCUAUAUUUACUACCCUACAUCGGCCGGAGGAGGCAGUCAGCGUCUGUUUCGCAAAAUCGGAAGUCGAAGCAGUGUUUAUUCGCCCGAAUCUCGGGUUCGUAAAACCGGAUCGUUCAUUUAUGAAGAUUUCAUGCCCACCGACGGUACCGAUGUUAAGGUUUACACAGUUGGGCCGGAUUACGCUCACGCCGAAGCUCGAAAGUCUCCGGCUCUGGAUGGUAAAGUGGAACGAGAUCGGGAUGGUAAAGAAGUCAGGUAUCCGGUGAUUUUGAGCAAUACGGAGAAAAUGAUUUCACGAACGGUUUGCACUGCUUUUAAACAAACUGUUUGCGGAUUCGAUUUACUCAGAGCGAACGGUAAAUCAUUCGUUUGCGACGUGAAUGGAUUCAGCUUCGUAAAGAAUUCCAAUAAGUAUUACGACGAUUGCGGCAAGAUCUUGGGUAACAUGGUGCUUCGAGAACUGGCUCCGACGUUGCAUAUACCCUGGAACGUGCCAUUCCAGCUGGACGAUCCGCCUAUCGUACCGACAACGGUGGGUAAAAUGAUGGAAUUACGGUGCGUUGUGGCGGUUAUCCGUCAUGGAGACCGUACUCCUAAGCAGAAGAUGAAGGUCGAGGUCAGACAUCCGAAAUUCUUCGAGAUAUUCGAAAAAUACGGCGGUCGAGCCGACGGCCACGUUAAACUCAAGCGUCCCAAACAGCUUCAGGAGAUCUUGGACAUAGCUCGAUACUUACUCAACGAAAUCGAGCAUAAAGCCGCCAGUCCGGAAAUCGAAGACAUACAAGUCAAGCUCGAGCAGCUGAAAAGCGUACUAGAGAUGUACGGUCAUUUCUCCGGUAUCAAUCGCAAGGUGCAAAUGAAGUACCAGCCCAAAGGCAGGCCUCGCGGAUCGAGCAGCGAUACAGAAGAAGUAGUCGAACAAAAGAAACAGCCUUCCUUGGUGCUGAUACUGAAAUGGGGCGGCGAACUCACACCAGCUGGACGUAUCCAAGCCGAAGAACUGGGCCGUAUAUUUCGCUGCAUGUAUCCGGGUGGUCAAGGACGUCACAUUAGCGGAGACUCGAUCGGUACCCAGGGUCUGGGCUUGCUCAGGUUGCAUUCGACGUUUCGUCACGACCUGAAGAUCUACGCCAGCGAUGAAGGACGUGUCCAAAUGACGGCUGCUGCCUUUGCCAAAGGACUCCUGGCGCUGGAAGGUGAACUGACCCCGAUACUGGUGCAGAUGGUGAAAAGUGCCAAUACAAAUGGACUGCUGGAUAACGACUGCGAUGCCAGCAAGCAGCAGAACAUCGUUAAGGCUCGUCUGCACUCGUUAAUGCAGCAAGAUCGCGAGUUCACGCUUGAAGAUCGAUUGGCAAUCAAUCCUUGUAAUUCGUCGAGUAUCAGCGCAGGUCUGGAUAUAGUAAAGAACCCUGUGAAGUGCUGCGAACGCGUUCAAGAGCUUAUUAAAAAACUAAUGACUAUCGUACGUAUCAAGAAAGACGAUCCGAAGACCAAGGACGCCAUUUUGUACCAUGGCGAAACGUGGGAACUGAUGGGAAGACGUUGGGGGAAGAUCGAGAAAGACUUCUGCAACAAGAACAACACCUUCGAUAUAUCCAAAGUGCCGGAUAUCUACGACUGCAUCAAAUACGACCUGCAACACAACCAGCACACUCUGCAGUUCGAUCAAGCAGAAGAAUUAUAUAUCCACGCCAAGUACCUGGCCGAUAUAGUAAUCCCUCAAGAGUAUGGAUUAACGAUGAACGAGAAGCUCAGCAUUAGCCAGGGUAUUUGCACGCCUCUGCUGAAGAAAAUCAAAUCCGAUCUGCAGCGAAAUAUCGAAGACGACGAUAUGCUCGGUGAAACGGUGAACCGGUUGAAUCCCAGGUACUCUGAUGGUGUCUCGAGUCCCGGACGUCAUGUCAGGACACGUUUAUAUUUCACCAGCGAGAGCCAUAUUCAUUCGUUGCUGAAUGUCCUCAGGUUUGGUGGCUUGAUCACGAAGGAUUGCGACGAACAGUGGAGUCGAGCGAUGGAUUACACCAGUACGAUAUCCGAGUUGAACUACAUGUCUCAGAUAGUCAUAAUGCUGUACGAAGACCCCACCAAAGCUCUGAAUUCCGAGGAAAGGUUCCAUAUCGAGUUGCACUUCAGCCCAGGAGUGAAUUGCUGCGUUCAGAAGAACCUUCCUCCAGGGCCUGGGUUCAGACCUCAUAGUCGUAACGAGCAUCCGAUCCAGGAGAGCGAAGAGCAAGACGAAUCCGAUAUGAGUAUGCUGGAGACCGAUGUCUUCCAGCCAAUCUCGCCAGAUCGAUCGGUAUCUCCUAUGGAUGCCCACGAAGCCAUGGAUAUUGAUUCAGGUGAUUCCUCAGAGUCAGCGUUCCGUUCAAAGAUGAAGAUCUCCGAACCGAUACCGAUCACUGGCAGUCGUAAAGACCUGGAGACCAUGGAGGAGGAAGACGAUUCCUCCAGCACGUUACGUCGAAUCACGUCUACCGAUUUCAAAGAACAUAGCAACACCAGACUUCGCAACAAGGUCCGACUCGUGCUGCCGGAUCACGAACACAGGUCUCGCAGCUACGACCAGCAAACGGUCAAGAAGUUGAAGGAUAAAGACGACUCGAGCCACGAUAGCGGAUCGCGUUGGCAUCGUCACAGCAUCGGUCACAUGAAUUACCUGAAAGAGUCGUCGUGUGACGUCACGACCAAUCAUCAUCAUCAUCACCGUAACGGACCGCAGCCCAUACCAGGUCACGUGAUCAGCAGCUAUCACAUUUGCAGAUACUUCAACGCCACUCCUGGCUCGACUAACAGCUUGUUCAGCACUGCUGUUAUCAGCGGAUCUUCGAGUACGCCGAAUUUGCGAGAUAUGCUGCCCAACAACGCGUCCGUUUCGGCGGCCAUAGAAGGAUGCGGAGGUGUUCCAGCCAUCAGACCGCUUGAAACGCUACAUAACUCAUUAUCGUUCCGGCAACUGGACGCGUUCUUGGAGCAGAUGAUCUCGAAUCCGACCACAACGCCGCCCAAAGAGACGACGUCGAUGUCGUCACUCUGCAAUGUGGCCGGAUCGGUGACCAAUGGGUCUUCACUGGCGGCGUUGAAGUUACCAUCGCCCGAAUCCAGCGCGUGGAAUGGGCUGGAAAGCUUGGGGACCGACUCGACCAUGUCUAAUGGUAGCCCGAGCUCGCCGAAUAGAUACUGGGAGCAGUUUUUCUCCAAACCGGACGAUGACGAGUAUACAGAUAGCAACGAGAUGUACGCCAGUGGUAUCAGCAGCGAGGAUUAGAGAGCUUCCGAAUCCCAACAAGGGUAUUCGCAUUCGCGAUGUGCUCAAUUUUACUAUUCUAGAUAGAGUAUUUUUUUUGUUUGUGGUCUUUUGUCUUAUACGUUAGUUGAUUCGACGAUGACGACGAUGACGACGAUGAUUAUGACGUGGAAUUUUAUUGAUUUAUGUAUCGCUACGAUACGUCUCUUUUAUUUUAUGGUGAAAAAUCGACGUCAAGUUGUUUUCUGUUUUUUUUUUAUUCUUAAAUCAGCUGGUCGAUUAUUUUAUGGUCAAAACGACCUAACAAAAUGCGACCGGUAAUUACCUCUAAACUACCUACAAUACGUAUCGACGUCGAUACGACGACGCUUUAUUACCCAUUUUUUUUUUCUUCAUAGCGAAUUUUAUCUGUUUUGAAGGCCAUCCAAGGCCGUUCAAUUAUUACCUAUCUUAUAAGGUCCCAUGAAAGAAAGACAAAAAUACAUACAAUGAUUUAGUGCAUUUAUUUACAUAUAAUAAUAAUUACGCGUUCACGUAGCGCUAGUUAAUUGAAUAGGUAAUACAUAUACUGAAUGUAGGUAUGAAUUAUUAUGAUAAUUUUUAAUUAAUCAAAUCAAAUCCAAUCCAAUCCAAUCGUAUUCCUUGUUUUAUCAAUUUAAGUAGGUAUUAUUUCGAUUACGAAUGAUUAUAUUAUUGAGUUGACGGCAACAUCAUCAGCGGCGGCAGCAGCAGUGUGUCGAUGAUGAUGUUUUUUGACGAGUUUUUAAAAUUAAUGAAAAUUUACCCAUACCCAUGUUAUUGUAUAGUCCUCUCUUAUCCUUAUCUUUAUACAUACUAUACCUACCUUCCCAAGUUCCUUGCCCCAUUUUUUUUCGCAUUAUAGAUUAGUAGAUUACUACGUACCUACCUAAUCUUUAAUUGCUCGUAGUGUGAUUGACUUGUUGAAAAGCAUAUAAUGUUGUGAUUUAUGGUUGAUCUCGCGACUUGUUUUCGUUACGUUACGUUACGUUGUGUUAUCAAUUGAGUCUGUUUCUGUCCUACUUCGAAUUAUUUGUGUCCGAUUUGUCUAUCUACAUAUGUACUAUGAACUAUAUGAUUGAUUAUGCAUUUCACUUUGAAUUUUUUUGAACGCCAUUUUGAAACGAGAUUGGCUCUAUGAGGUUUUGUGAGCUGAUCUCGUAUUGUAUAGUAGUACAAGUUAAAUCGUUGUGAUAUGUUUGAUGAUAUGUACUGUGAUGUGUAUAAAUGAAUUAAAUAUACGUAUUUAUUAUAA